AUGUUGGUUGAAAAACUUCCUUCGGGGAAAGCGAUGGCCCUUCAGGAUUUGGAUGAAUACUCCUUGGCUCACGUAUUCCUAUUUCUGUCCGUAGCAGACCUGGAUCGGUGCCUGCUAGUUUGUAAAAAGUUUCAACACAUAAUUCAGAGAUUUGUAUACUCCAAAAAGUGCAUGUUGGCUCUUGUGGUCAAUUCACCGAAAACAUGCAAUUUAAGUUUGUAUCAGUACACGGCACGCAAGCGGGCCAAGCUGGAAGAGAACUGGCGUGAUGGGCGCUAUGAGGAACAUACAUUAUUUCAGCACAACGUCAUGUACAUCUCCCAGAUGGAUAUCGAUAAGGAUUUCCUGUACAUGACCCACGGUGGAUGCUUGCAGGCUCACAAGAGAACGAAAAAUCGAUAUUUGGUAGAUACCAGAAUUCACUGGCAAGUGGGCUGCCGGCGUGAUCCUGACAUAUCGAGCCUAGCGAAAGAAAAUGAUCGGUUUUUGGCUGGGCGCUUGGACGGCAGGAUCAUGAUUUAUGAUAGUACAACCGGACAAACAACUUUGCAGUCAGUAGCUACGGAUGUCAUUAAAUCAGUAGACUUUUGCCGAAACGUGUAUGCAGUUACUACCAAAUUCCAAGCAACAUACAUCUUGAAUCGUAGCUGGCGAGAACAUGAUUUUGAAAAUGCGGAACUGAAGCAUUCUCACGUAUAUCCACGGGCCUAUGAGACUAUUAAAUUGAAAGGCACUCGAUUAGCGGCAGGAAUGUUUCAUUGCGGAAGAAAGCAAGCACUACAAAUGAUCGAUUUACAGAGUUGUGCUGUUAUGCAACUAAAUUCCCAAACCAAGGCUGUGUACGACUUGAUAUGGAAGGAUGAAAACUGUUUGCUUACUGGCAACUUCGAUGAUUCGAUGCGACUGGUUGAUAUACGAACGGGUAAUGACGAAGCUUGUUGGAGCGAUCCUUAUAAUGCCUCGGUUUAUUGUAUGUUUUAUAACGGAUCAUACGCAGUUCACUGUGGCAUGAAGUAUCAUCAUCGUUCCAAUUUGUACGACCUUCGAGUACCAAAUCGCUGUGUGCAAAUGUAUUUUCCAUCAAAACGAAAACAUAGUUUUUCACCAGUGUAUGGUAUAAAGGCAGAUGUUGCGCAGCUUUUCCUUGUAACAGAUUAUAAUUUGCGGGUACUCCACUUUGAUGCUGACUGGGCUGUAAAGAAAGACUAUGCAUCGAUAUAG